GCAAGACUUCUCAGUCUCAAUCUUUGUCAUCGACAGCUGGUGGUGACGCAAGCAGCAGCGCAGUUGUGGUCGCGUGAGUUUAUCUACAGACAUGACGCCACGUGGGCUUUGCACCUCCGGGCAGAUUCCAGUCCGCAAUUUAGCCGGGACUACCUGAUCAUCGAAUGUGAUUUUGUGGAUUUGGACGACGUGUAUCCACUGAACCCAGAGACGGUCCUACAGCAGUUGACAUUCAAAACCCGUGUUCUACCAAUUCAGGUUCUUGGACGUAAAGCUACCUCAACUGCAUACAAGUUCAGGGCAGUCAUGCGGAGCCUGCAUUUGGAGAUUGGUGACACUGCUUUGGCAAGGUCACGUGCGGUUUCGUUUUUGAAUGACAUGGGGGUUGAGUCAAAGCUAGCUGUCCUUCCGGACAUGGAUGGGGAGGACAACCAUGACACCCCUGGACGGAGGGCAUUUCCAAACACUCUCCCACUUCACGACAUUGACCACUCUCUGCACCAUACCAUGGAGGAAUUGAAGGAAUGUUGGAUUCCGGAACUUUUCGACCUGUUUGACAAACAGCUCAACACCCUUGCAAAAUACUUCAGCAAAUCUGACAACCUGGAGAGGUUUCGCAAGCACUUCAUUUUCGAUAAUGAUAAGAUAGAAGGGGACCUGAGGAAAAGAAGUAUUGGCAAAAUGUUUGAGACACCUUGCCCAACCUUCAUCAAGCAUCGCUGGGAAUAUCGUUAUGAAGUUCUUACUUGGAUGGUACACCGUUCUCAGUUCCUUAUAUGGUUGCUGGAGCCUUCUUCUUUGCGUGGUAGAGAUGACCAGGGAGAUGGAUUUGGGGAUGAUUAUACCUUUUCUGAUGCUGAGAUUCGUUGCUUGGAAGUUCUGACAACAGACCAUGGCGCUGCUACUUUUUGGGCCCUUGCAUACUCACAACGCCUUCUUUGUCAGUGGGGUCACCAAGUUUCCAGUUGGCUUCAUGGCUGUCAUUGUCAUCCAACAGAGGAGGACAGAAAGCGGCUCAAACAAGAGACCGGCAGUACCCAGUGCAAAUGGUCCGGCAGGCGUUUGAUUGAAUUCGCAGUCCAUGGUUCCAAACCAUUCGUUGAUCAAUUGCGGGGACUGUCCAUUGACAUGGAUUCUGCUGGUUUGAAGGCUUUGGAGAAACUUCGUCAGCUUGGUCGGCACGUGGAUGUUUCCAACAUACUGAAUGGAUUUGCCACUGCCAAGAACGUAUUGGAAUCUAGGUUUACACAGUACACCAGUUUUCUACACAAGCCCCCAUGGAGUUUUGUGGCACUUCUGGAAUACCUGUUGCCAAGCACCAGCAUGGCGGAAACUACCAAGAGAAGCAGGGUGUUAACAGGGAAAUUGCUGAGGUUGCACGACCUCAAUCAGAUUGGCAAUCUUGGGGAUGUUGGACGCGAAUUUUUCGCAAAACAUAGAACAGCACUUUCAAGAUGGGCAAAGGGGCAUGACCAUUUCAUGCAACAACAGUUAUUUCGACAACUGGUUGCCUGGGCAUCAUCUCUUCUUGUGAUGAAACGUCUGGAGGCAAAACACCAUCUUGUCCAUGUCCGGGUUGCUGUGUCCCGCUCCCUCAGCGUUGCCCAUAUGAGCGCCAAUUUGCGAAGGGCCCUACAUGAUGAUUUGACACAAGUAUCAUUCAGAAACAAUGUGGGACGCUACCUGCAGUCAUUUGGAGACCUUGUGGAAGAAACAUGGCAUACGUUUCGGGAACUUCAGUCAUACACUACUGGUCACAACCUCGAUGUCAUGUUUGCUGACAGAACCAGGGAUGCUGAAUUGAUUCAAUCAUCCGCCCCGGAAUCUGCACCGACCACAAAACAAUGGAGAGAACAGCUGGCCCACCUCAUGAGCCUUACAACAAAGGGUGGUAUUUAUGCCAUUCCAACUGUGGCCCAACCAGAUCCCAAUCAGACUACUUGGAUGUGCUUUCAACUUCUUGGUUUCAAUCCUGGGAACAAAAAGUAUAUGGAGCGGUUGACACAGUGGUCAGUGGAUGAUUGGAAGGGGACACUAUCCUGUGCAGUUUUGGGGAGCUUCAGUGUGAGUGAUGAUUCUUCACAACACGAUGGUUCCGGUCCAUGUCCUACUCUGCCAGAUGCGUUCUCUUUCAAAUCAGCGACAACUGUCGUACAGCCUGUCAACUUACAAGAGUUGUUUGAGAAUGACAGCAUUGACAGUUUGUACCAGUUUACAUCCACAGAUCACAUCACCGAGUUUGACAAAGAGUCUGUGAUGGACAUGUUGGGGGACCCAAUUUCUGGUGACGCCAUUGACAGCAGCCUUGUGAUUUUUGACAAGGUUUGGAAAGCGUUCAUGUUUAUUUUUUUUGUGUUUCACAUAGUUCCCAAGGCACCAAACAUUGCAUGA